UAUGUUGGGUACUUUUUACGGAUACCACGGUAUUCUAGAUGAUGUUAAUCAUUCUAAUUUUACCUAUAUGGAUUAUUUGGAAUUUUACUAUAACUAUUAUUAUCAUUUCUUGCCCUCAAGCGUUACGAGCAACCCGCCUAGUGAUACGUCAUCUCUAAUUGCCCAUUGCUCUUCAACCUCCGAUGCCCCAGUUAUGCACGGUAUACCACCGGAUAUAAGGACAUUUAAAGGGGUGCGUGAUAUGAAACAUAAAGGUUCAGUUAGCGACGGAUUAAAAAGAAGUAGUAGCUUAAGUGACCUUCCCGAAUCAGAGGACAGUAAGCCUAAGAGCUUAUACGAAACUCUUUUGAGUGAUUCAAAAAAGAGACCAUUAUCAAGAUACGAACGCUUUGCUCAUUUACCUAGUUCAAAGCCUAUUUUCGAUUACAAUGCCUCCGAUUUGGAUGAACAUGAUAAACCUCGAACUAGAAGGUCGAGAUCUGUGACUAGGAAGGAAACUGAUUGGGAUAAUACGUUUCCUAGAUCCUCUAAAGCUACUUCGCGUACUUCUUUUACGUCGGACAGAAAUUUACCACCGUCCCGAGCUAUACGCUUAGGAAGUUGGAAUCCUGGCGAAAAAACUGGUGCUAGAACUAGUCCAUUAACAAUAAGAAAUGCCACAGAUGAACAUAAGAUAAACACAAGCGAUUCAAGUCCUGCACGUACUGAAUCUGAAAGCUUUUAUCCAGUUAGAAAACGUUACGAGUCUGAAUACUCUCAAUAUACAAAAAAAGGCUGGCUUGUUCGACUAAAGGAUAAAGUAAACGGAAAUCGGGAAAAUAUAAAAGAUAUUGGGCAAGAAAAUUGGCAAAAGCAUUGGUUUGUACUUAAUGGAACACAGCUACGAUAUUAUAAGGAUUCUAGGGCCGAAGAAGCUGGCCAUUCCGAUGGAAACGUUGAUCUACGCGAUUGUACUCAUUUGUAUGAGAAGGAAGUGGGAAGAAACUAUGGUUUUGAAAUAAAGAGUUUGAAAGGAACUACGACACUCUCUGCCAUGACUACUGGUAUCAGGAAUAAUUGGUUAACACUAAUGAGGAAAGCCAUGCACCAUGCGGGCGUUGCUCCUGAAACUCAACGCUUGGAUAGUCCCAAUAGUAAAAAAUCGCUGAAAUUUGGAUUAGAUUACAAUCAAAAGCAAGCGCCAUCUGGUAGGCAACUUCCCGAUCUGCCAAAAGACGAACAACUUGAUGAAGUUGAAAAGAACGUUAGAAGAAUUCAUCAACGUUCACUAACUGACUUUAUAAAUAAACCCAAAUUCUACGAAGUGGGUAAUAACGUUGAUGUUGAUAAUAAGAGGAAUAGAACGGAUUCUGAAAGAAGUACUAGUUCUUCGCCGUGUACACCAAGGGGUGAAAGAAAUGGCAAAAGUUCAUCAGAAAAUAAUUCAUCACCCUGUGGAGGGAAGAUGAUAUCUAAAAAGUCAAAGGCUCCAUCAGCAAAAAUAAAAGAACGUUCUAGAGCCAAGUCACCUCGUGUAAAAAGUCCACCUUUAAGAACAAUUUCCAACGGGGAAACACACUCUUCCAAGAGACUGGGAGGCGGAAGCGGGAGUAGCAGCCCAAGUAAUUCAACUCCCGGAACCCCGACAAAAAGUAAGUACGAACAAGGAGACAAAAUGGAUAUGGGAGAGGAGGAUAAGGCAGAAAAGAAAAGUCUGGCCAAAUCAACAUCGAGCGGUGCAAUAAGUGCUGGGGAUACAGCUCUGGUAGAUCUACUGGAAACUGAGGUCGAUUCGCUGAAGACACAAUUGGAACAAAGCCAGAAUCGCAACUCAAAACUGCAGCAUCAAAUUAGCGAAUUAAGAUCAAAGACUCAUCAGCGACAGGCUUCCCGGGAUUCUGUAGUGGGUUCACCCUCAACACCCUCUCGUAAACAUAGUCAGGUGCAGACAUAUCUUGACGACAGCGAUACAGGGGAAAGUAUCGAUGUUUUACAAGCUAAACUAGUUGAUCAUCAGAGGCAAGCUACAAUGAUCAAAGCUCAGAUGUCUAGACUCAGCGAACAGGUUGCUGCAACAGAACAAACGGCCACACGCCACGCCGAUGAGGCGAAAAAUUACAGGCGUCAGUUAGACGCUUGUGCUCAACGUCUGGUUUCCGCUGAACGACAAAUUGAUCAGUUUCGUUCUGAUUUGAGAAAGGAACAAGAUAAAAACGCGGAAAAGGAUAUGAAAUUAAAACAAUUAGAGCGUGACUUUUUUGAGAAAGACGAUUUCUUGCGUAGAAAAAGUGUUGAAUUAGACGAGACAAAAAAUCGUGUAAAAAGCCUACAAACUAAAUUGCUUGAUGUUGACGAAUUAGAAGGUCAAUUACAAGAUUCAAUGCUUGAGGCUCGAGCCGUUACGGAUGAGCUAUCUCAAUGUCAAAUAAAAAUUCGAUCAAAAGAGCAAGCAUUACGAAUCCAGCAGGAAAGGUUCCAAAGUGCAUUGAAAGAAAACGAUCAACUAAGAGAAAGACUACAAACGCUCGAGGCAGAACUUGAAGCCCCCAAGCAGAAAAAAGCCAAUGAAUCGCCUAUGGACAGAUCGGAUGUACUCCUCCAAGAGAAAAAUAAAGAAAUUGCUGAUUUACAAAAUCGAUUGGAAGAUACUGAGAAUACUUUAAGAGAGUCUAACAGAAAUUGUUCUGUUUUGCGAAGUCAACUAGAACAUGAACUGGAAGAAGGUAUGAAAAUACGACAAGAAUUGGCAACAUCGGAGGAAAAAUUACGAGAGGCAAAUCAAGAGAUAGAAGCUGUCGCCAGGCACGACGAUGAUGCCAGCAAAGUCGAAUUUAGAAAAUACGAAUCCGAAAUGGCCGAAUUAGAAAGAGAAAAUGAAAAAGUUAUGGAAAUGAUAAAUGCAAAGAAUGAAGAAUUAAUGGAGACUGUGAAGGAAAAAGAAACACUUGCGAAGCAGUUAUCAAAUAUGAAAUCGUCCGUGGAAAUUAAUAGCCGCAUGGAAACUAGAUAUAAAGAAGCAAUAAGUGAACUACAACGAGUUGAAGAAGAAAAGCGCAAACUACGAGAAGAUUUUGAGACUUCUAUGACUCGUAAGGACAAUGAACUCAGAGAAGCAAGGCGAAAUAUUGAGAAUCUCAAAGAAGUGAAUAAAGAAAGCGAAGGAAGUGACGCAGAUGAUCCGGCAGAAAGUCGACGAAAAUAUGAGAGAGCAAUAAGCGAAAUAAAACGUUUAAGAAAACGUUGCAACGAAACUCAAGAUUCUUUAGAUAAGAUUGAAAUUGCUUAUGCUGGUAUUAAGCAGCAACUAGAAUCAGUCGAUGAGGACUAUCAGGAACAACUACGACUUAUGUGUGCCAGAGUGGAGGAUUUAACUAACAAAUUAACAGUAACCGAAAGAAAAAAACGUCGUGAGAGCCUAGUUAUUGAUUUACAAAUUUUAAGUGAUAUAGACAAACAAGUGCAAGUAUUAGAGGAGACUUUCUCCAUUAAUGCAUAUGAGCAAGAGGAAGAAGAAAAAGAAAAGAGUGAGGAAAUGUCGCUUCCAAUUAAUCUUGGACCUCCUCCGCAGGUUGCUGUAAUAGCUCCUGAUGGUUCGCAGGGUAUCGAUAAUUCGCCACGUAUAAAUGAUAAAGAACAUGAUACAGAAAUCGACGACCUUAUUUCUGAUACAUGCUCAACAACAUCAGAAUCAUCUUCAACGGAUCAAUUACAAGUUUUGCAUAAUCGCUUAGUGAGAGUUUUAGAGAGUAUUAGCACAGAGGAUAAAACUUCAAAUCUUGAGGCGACUGAGAAGCAAUAUCGAGACGCUAGAAAAAAAUUGCGCUUGUCGUUGGAUAUGAUCGAUUCGACCAGAAAGAAAUUAAAAGAUCUUGUUAGUGCUUUACAAUCAUUGGAUUUCAGUAGGGCGAGUGAAAAUACUCUGGAAAAUGUUGUUCAUGGUUUAAAAGAUGCUUUACUCGUAACUGAUUCCGUUGAGUAUGAUUCAAUUUAUAACAAAGAAUCGAAGAUCGAUAAAAUGGACGAUCAUGGGACUAAAACUUUGAAAUUAAACGCCCUUGCUGAAAAAUUGGCUAUAGAAGCAAUAGUGGUUGGGGAAAUGGCAUAUGUUGUUAGAAGUCAGACGAACAAGCAAAUGACUGAAAGAGAUAUGUAUUUAAGCGAAAUGCGGGACGCUCAUUCGCAAAUAUUAGAAUUGGAGUGUAAAUUGGAAGAGAUGCAAGUGGAGAAAAAUCAGAUAGAUAAGGCCAAAAAUGAUUCCCUAUCUACUUAUGCACAAUUAUUGGCAGAGAAGAUGGUACUUCAGGCAGAAUUAUACUUGUCCAUGCAAAAGACGGAGGUGCCAAAGACAAAAAUAGAGAGUGAUGCUCUCGGUAAUGUCCUAGCUUCAGAAGCCGUUAGCCGAUGUUCACAAACAGACAUUGAAGGCUUGUGUCCGGUAGCCAGAUCAGCUCUUGUUCAGGCCGAAUUAUCGGCUGCUGUCUCUCAUUUAAGACGAGGUCUUUGUACCUGCUCUAAUGAUAGAGAAAGAAUUGAUUUGGUAGAAAGUGAACUUAAGUUAGCAAAGGAAAGACUAGAAGAGCGCGAGAAAGCGUUAGAACAGGCAGUAACAAAAUACUUGAAUGAAAAUGUUGCUAAAGUUGCCAAAGUGUCGAAGGAAAACAAAGUACAAGCGGUUCUUCAAAGAAAGGCUUCCGAAACAUCGUUAUCUUUACCCGAAAAUGAAGAAAAAGCAAAGCAUGUAAAUGAAGCUCUCGCUGAGGAAGUCCAACAAACAAUGCAACACUUCAAGUCAUUUUUCGAUGUACAAACUAUUGAAGAGGCAGACGAUACAUUACUCGAAGAACUCGCUGAUAUUGUCACUAAGAAAGCGGUCAUAUCUGGUCAACUAGCAUAUAUGCAUGAGCACUUCGAAAAAAGAGUAUUACUACACAUGUUUAAUAGGACUGAUUCUGGUUUACCCAGUUCGCCUCCUGAUGUCUACAAAGCUCAUAUUGACUCUCUUGUUGCUGAUUCCCUGCAACAGGAUGCUGCUAUGAAGGACAGUAUGGCUAAUUAUCUAAAGCAUUUUGGUGCCGACGGCAUGGAGAUGAGCUGUUCGUUAACCUCCAGAUUAGCCCAGUUAGCAGCCGACUUGGGCAAAGUUGAAGACUCUCUACAAAAAAGGUGUAGGCCCGCAUCUGGUAAUGACCUCGCUGAUAUCGUUGCAAGAGAGGCGGUUUUCCAUGCUCAAUUGGCCUAUGUUGCUUACACUUUGAAAUAUGAGCACGCUGCGAAAUUGGAAGAACUCAAAGCAAAAUACACUGAUCGUAAAGAGGUUGAGACGAAGCGGGAAGUAGAAUAUCGGCAAGACGAUAGGCAACAAUUAUAUUCGGAGAUUGAGAAUAUGGAAAAAGAAUUGCAUAGAGCCCAUCUUGCUCUCGAACAAAUUCGACAAGAUAAAGAAAAUCAAUUGGCUGUUCUUCACGCUCGAGUAGCACAAAUGGAGGCGGAAGACGCUAUUUGUAAGGCUCACUUGGAAAAAUUACAAAAUGAAAGAGAUAGUGAUAUCGAGCAUUUACGAAAUAGAGUAGAGAAGUUACAAUUAGCCUUAGAAGAAAAAAGUAGUCGCUACCAAAUUGAAUUUAGUUCUUUACAAGCUGAAAGUGAUUUGCUGCUGCAAAAUGAACGGGACAGAUAUGAAAAACAAAUUGAUGAAGAAAGGCAAAAGUUUCAAGUUGAAUUGGAAAGACUUAUGGGAAGUAGACGAGAGGAUAGCGCCGUUCAAGCACGAAUUCAUCAAUUAGAAAGUGAAUUACAAGAUGCAUAUGACAGCAAUAAGCGUCGUUUGGCAGUUGAAAAAGCAACUCAUACGCGGUUAAUGAACAAAGCCAAGGAGGAAUGGCAAAGUAUGAGUAUACUAAUGCGAAAUUCUCCUGAAGAUGAAACUAAGGUAGUGUCAAAGUACAAGCAAGAAAUGGAGAGAAUGAAAGAAUUAUAUGACAGAGGAUUGGUGUGUAUUGAGCGUACAAACGAACAAAUCAUAAAUGAGAUGAAAGUCACUCAUGAAAGGGAAUUACAAAAAUUAAAGCUGGAGAGAGAAGAAGAAUUAAAGGAAGAAGUACGUGCAACACAAACCGACGGAGGUUUAGUUACAGCUCUAGACUCAUUAAGGAAAGCACAACGAGAAGAAUUAGAAAUGGAAAGGAAGAAAUAUGCUGAUUUAGAACGUAAGGUGUUGUCCUCUGAAGAGAUACAGUCAUUACAAAGACAGCACGACGAAGAUAUGGAGUUGAUGCAGAAAGAAAUUAAGUGCGUUGGCGAUAAACUAAGCCUAUCGAAUCUUGAAAAAGCACAAAUGGAAGAAAGAAUAGAAAAGCAAGCUAAGCUUGUUACAGAAUUGAAAGAAAAAGUUGAAGAGUUAUUAGAAAGAAACGAUGAAUUAAAUUUAAAAUUGGAACACGACAUAGAGGUACUCAGCAAGAAAGUGACAACAGCGUCUUCCGAUUGUCAACUUCACUCAUUAGAUUUGAAACUAAAGGAAACCGAUAUCGAAAGAAUCAAAGAUGAAAAGCGAUCUCUCCAUAUACGGCUUCGACAGGCUUUACAUGAUAAAGAAGAAGCUACUGCAGACAGUGAAUCAUUGCAAGCUCAACACUCUUUGAUCGUUCGACAACUGCAAAGCGAAAAAGACGAAUUAAGUGAGCGUCUUAGGAGGAAAGAAUCUGGAAGUACGAGAAGGAGGAAGAGUCUAAUUGCUGAGAUCGAAGCUCUUCAAAACAUGAACAGAGAAAGCUGGGAUCCUAGAAGAGCGUUUAGUAUAUCGGAAGAGGAAUCUAACGUUAAUUCAACGGCAUUCCAUCCAACGGAUAAGCUUAAAUGGCGUCAUGAUAAAAGCCAUAGUAUUGAUGAAUAUUUAAGAAUAUCAGACGUUUGA